AAAUAUUUUAGUCCGAAAUAUAAAAAAAUCGAUUAUGCUAAAUUGAAAAGCCUGAUUGACAUCCCUACUUGGUGGUGUUGAUAUACAGUUUAUGUCAACGCUGACUCUUGAAAGAAGCGGUUGAGUAGUUUGUAUGUAUGGUGUGGGAAGAAACCAACUGGUUGAAGGUCGGCCACUCGCUUGCUUCCACAAAUUAUGUUUAUAAUUAUCACAACAACGCUCAUCCAUUUCAAACCCAUCAUGGCAAGCCUAUUAACGCCUCCAAAAUGGCCCCUCACGCUUCCUUCACGCCGGCGAUCCACGGUGGCGGCAACUGCUGUCAGGAAGGAAGAGAUAGUGAUCGUCGGAGCCGGAAUUUCUGGCCUCGCCACUGCCGUUGCUCUUCAAAGAGUGGGAAUUGGGUCAGUGGUGGUUGAGCAAGGUGAGUCGCUGAGAAUCGGCGGCACUUCGCUCACAUUUUUCAAGAAUGGAUGGAAAGUAUUUGAUGCCAUUGGAGUGGGAGCUGAGCUACGCUCCCAAUUCCUCGAAAUUGAAGGGAUGGUGGUGAAAUCGGAGGGUGGCAGGGAGCUACGCUCCUUCAGAUUCAAAGAUGAGGACCAAAGCCAAGAGGUACGUGCUGUAGAAAGGAGAACUCUGUUGGAGACCCUCGCAAGCCGGCUGCCCUCCGCUGCCAUUUCUUUCUCCUCAAAGCUUAAGCGCGUCGAAACGAGUCGCAACGACGGCGACACCCUCCUCACGCUCGAGGACGAUUCUCUGAUAUCUGCUAAGAUUGUUAUAGCCUGUGAUGGGAUACGGUCUCCGGUGGCAAAGUGGAUGGGCUUUCCCGACCCUAGAUACGUCGGGCAUUGUGCUUUCCGCGGCCUUGGAGUCUACCCCGAUGGGCAACCGUUUGAGCCGAGAGUGACCUAUGUCUACGGGAGAGGCGUUCGUGCUGGAUACGUCCCUGUUUCCCCGACUAAGGUCUAUUGGUUCAUCUGCUUCAACAGCCCGUUUCCGGGUCCCAAGAUUACUGAUCCGUCCAUAUUGAGGAAGGAAGCCGAGAAUCUGGUGAAAGAGUGGCCAUCGGAGCUCCUGAGCAUCAUCGAAUCUACACCGGAUGAUACAAUUAUACGAACCCCUCUGGUAGACCGUUGGCUGUGGCCGGGCAUCACGCCCCCGGCCUCAGCGGGAAAGGUGGUUCUUGUUGGCGAUGCGUGGCAUCCAAUGACGCCAAAUCUCGGGCAAGGCGCUUGCUGCGCGCUGGAGGAUGCAGUGGUGCUGGCCAACAAGUUGGGGGAGGCAAUAAAAGUCGGAAGCAUGAGCGUGGAAGAAGCGUUUAGAUCGUAUGGAGAGGAGAGGUGGCCGCGGAUAUUUCCGUUGAGUGUCCGCGCCAAUCUUGUGGGCGCUCUGUUGCAGAUCGACAACCCGACGGUGUGUUCUCUUCGGGAUAACGUGAUUGUGCCCAAACUAGUCAGGUUGGGGCCGAUAUUGGAACAUACCAAUUUCGAUUUUGAGCCUCUGCAGGUGUAGCCUUGGUCGCAAUGCUGAGUAAUUUGUAUUCAAAUUCAAAAAGAAUAAUCUCAAAUACAAAUAUCAACAUUUCGAAUCGAA